AUGGGUAGAGGAGCAUCCCACAGUGAACGAAAUACAGCAAGUUAUGGGUCUGAAAGGUCUCUUCCGGCCACAAUCAUUAUUUUACCUCUAAAGAUAGAUAAAGUUCAUCCUGUGAAGCAGCAACUCUCUAGCAUACACCCUGAAGUGUUGUUGUUCCUUUCUGAAAUCAAAAAGCUUUCGGUUGGGGAAGCUAACAAAGAUCCCAAGCCUAAUAAUUUGUGCGAGGUCUCAAUAUCCAGUGAGACUGAAUUUGUUUCUAGGAAGAAUUUCAGUGCUGAAUCGUACCCUGUUCAUCUCUCAGCCGAGGAAAAUAGUGCUUCAUCUGGAGGAGAAUGUAGUUAUUAUAUGUGGAGGCAAAGAUUUCCUGUAAAACAUGAAAACAAAGUGGAGAGGAGAAUGGAAAUAGAGGAGUGGGUUAUCACUUUGGCAUUUCCAAUCGGGCAACGUUUAAAUAGAGGGACGAGUUCACCUGGUAUCUAUGCAUUUUUGCCAACUGACAUGGUUACAAGUUUUCAUUUCAUUAUCCAAGAUGAUUUUGUUUUAUCGUCAUCAAGGGAAACUAUUGUCAUGGACAUCAAAUGGAAUCAGGGUAUUCUUGAUUGCGUGCCCUUGGGUUUUAUCAGUGCAUUUGUUUCUCUCAUCAAGUCAUCUGUAUCAGCUCCAGUAUCCACACUUGCCAAUAUGUUUACGUUCAUACCGAUAAAUCCUUCUUCAUAUCCAAAGUUAAACAGUGUCAGAUAUUCCAUUAAAAUGAAACUUAUGGAAGAGAGCAUUUUUCCAUCCGAAUCAAGCAACUCCGAACAGAAGUUCUUUUACAAGCCUGGGGAAGUUGGUAACAUUCUACGUUCCUUUUGGGAGAUUUUGCUCAAGGCACAGAAGCAAGGCGUGAGCUUAGAUGAUUUGUCGACCCAUGGGAAAUACGUUCUGAAUUCAGCAUUUGAUGAUGUGUACGCUAGUAUAUUGAACUUUUUCGGAGUUCAAGGAAUGGGGAUGGAUUGGUACGCCAAAUACAUACGAGGUUCUAAUAUUUUGUUGGGAGUAUCAGAGGAGUUAUACAUUGACAUCCUACUCUUUUUAUUUAAUAACUGGGGUACACUCUUCCAAAAUACAAGCAUGGAGGAGAUACCUCUCUUGAAAUACAUUGGUGAAGAUGGGCUUGUUUCUUUGUUGAGCAUAGCUGAAGUGAAGUCAAAGCAGGGUAGUAAAAUGUGUUUGUCAAAAGAUUCUCGCCAUACAUAUUGGCUUAUUGAAUGGAAUCAUGAAUUCAGGUGUUCGCUGAAAUAUUAUUUUGUCCCUAAACCGACGCAAGAGGCUUUGCAGUUAUUUCCAGAGACGGAGAAAGUAAGGAACUGGCUAAUCAGUUUGGGAGUAAGUGUUGUUGGCGUCUUUGAGUAUGCAGAUCUUCUUUUUCAUUCAAUCCACGGUGCUGGUAGUAAACUUGUCAUUACCUCUGCGCACUUCUUAUAUCACUCACUGCUCGGUAAUUAUUUAUCAGAAGUCGAAGUAAAAAAAAAAUGCCAAAAAUUGCCAUUGGUUGACAAGUAUGGCUGUGUUACUAUACAAAGAAGUGGGGUUCUUGUUCCAGCUCGCGGUAGUAAUUGGGUUACCUUGAUGGGUACAAAUCCAUGGAGAGGAAGCCAUUAUGUUGAAUUAUCUGAAGAUUACGCAUGCAGUGGUAAGUUUGCUGGAUCCGUUACAAAAACGAAACAACUUAUGGCAUUUCUGAAAACACAUGUUGAAGCUUCAGAUAUUCCCCACAUAUGUCCUCCUGAUAAGCCAUUGCCCAUUGUCAGAUCUCCUUUGACGAAAGCAAAUACUUUUCCACUAUUAGACUGGAUUCGGAAGUUGAGGUCAGAGAGUAAGCUGGUUGAAGGGAAUUUCUUGACAUCCAUAAAAGAAGGGUGUUGGUUGAGGACGUCUAUGGGUGACUCGACGAGCUACACUUACGUAGCUCCCUCAAAAUCCUUCCUUCUUACGAAAUCUGAUGGCAGCCUACUACAAAAUGGGUCUGAGCUGGUUGAUAUUCCAUUGGUUGAUAUUCAGUUCUAUGGUAGUAAAAUCAAUCAGUACAAGGAAGAGCUUAAAGCUAUAGGCGUGAUGUUCGAUUUUGUUGAUGCAUCCAAAUAUAUGGCUGAAAGCUUCAUGGCUCUUGCAGCUAACUCGAAUAUGACGAAAUCCAAUGUGUUUUCGAUACUUAAAUUCGUAAGGCUUUUGCGAGAGAAGUUUUUAUUUGAACUUCAUCAAGACCAUGCAAAAAGGUAG